AUGAGUGAACAUCAAGUGCCGAAAGCCGUUGCGUUACGUAUUGUCACUUGUUUUUUAGUGCGGGAAGGUGUUAAAAACACGGAAAUUUUUCUGCGUUUGCGAAAUAAAUUCGGGAGUGAGUGCCUGAGUAGGGCUGCCGUGUUUAAAUGGGCCAAAGCAUUCAAGGAUGGCCGCGAAACCGUCGAGAAUGAGCCGCAUGAUCUUCGACCGCGAACCAGCAUGACACCAGAAAACAUUCGCCGCGUAGAACAAAUGAUUUUGGAGGACCGUAGAAUGAAUGUUCAAGACAUUUUGGCUUCUGGAAACCUUCUGGAAACACACGUGAAACCCGCUUAUCGCUUGAAACGGAUGAGCAUUCCAGCACGAAGUGCGAUUCUUCUCCAGGAUAACGCGCGCCCUCAUACCGCGCGUCUCACGCUCGAUACAAUAUCGGAAUUGGGGUGGGAGGUACUGGAACACCCCUCCACCCUAUAG